CCGGCGGGAAUUAACUCCUUCGCGAAUAGUAACCCGGCUCCGCCGACGGAGAUAUAUCCAAAGGCUAGCCCGAGCGAUGCGCCAUAUUCACUUAGCGAGUCACAACUGCGGUCUGCGAUUUACAUCCCAUCGACCUUCAACGCCCAAGAUGCCCCAACCCCCGUCCUUCUCGUCCCGGGCACGGGCGCAUUCGGCGGAGUGAACUUCGAAGGCAAUUUCGCCAAGGUCCUUGCACAGGAUCCCAGCAUCGGCCAAGCUGUCUGGCUCAACGUCCCAGGCGCCAUGCUCAUGGACGCCCAGAUCAACGCCGAAUACAUCGUCUACGCCAUGAACUACAUGCAUUCGCUGACGGGUAACACCGUCUCAGUGAUCGGCUGGUCGCAAGGCAACCUCGACGCCCAAUGGGCACUCAAGUACUGGCUGUCGACGCGCACGUCCGUCCGCCAGCUUAUUUCCGUGUCUCCAGACUUCCACGGGACCGUCCUCGCGAACCUAGUGGAUCUAGGCACAGACCUCGGCGUCGUCCCGAUGUCGCAGGCGGUCCUCCAGCAAGAGUAUGAUAGCAACUACGUCACGCGCCUCCGCGAGAACGGCGGCGAUUCCGCCUACGUCCCAACGACCACCUUCUACUCCGCGCUCUUCGACGAGAUCGUCGAGCCGCAGCAAGGCAUCGGCGCAUCUGGCUUUCUCAACGACGCGCGCAGCGUCGGCGUCUCGAACAACGAAAUCCAGUCCGUCUGCGGUGCCACGCCCGCCGGCGCCUUCGGCACUCACGAGUCCCUUCUAUUCAAUGGCCUCGUGGUCAGUCUUGCGAUCGACGCGCUCAGGAACGGCGGGCCGGCGGAUGCGAGCAGGAUCGAUUUGACGGCCGUGUGCCAGCAGGCUGUGUAUCCGACGCUGGAUCUUGUCGAUGUGCUGGAGACGGAGGCGCUUAUUCCGCUCGCUGGGGCGAAUAUUCUGGAGUAU